GGUACGUCCGAAUAAAUGGUUCGAACAAGUAAAUGUAAGCACCAGGAGAAAACCACACACUGAUAAACUACGUAUACAAGGAGAGCACUGGACACAUAGCGAUGCUUCAAAAAUGAUGAAUAGGAUGAGUUGUUACUACAAUGAUUAUGAAGAAAGCAGUGGUGGCAAAGCGCAUAAUAUACGUGGAUUUAAUAUAACUGAUAGCGGUUUUUGAACAGAUAUAGAGAAGAGAACACCUGGAGUGAAAGCAAACGGGUUCAAAAGAGGAUCUUUAUUCAUCAAUGCACUGGAUCGCUGACGGAAGUUAUGUAUGAGUUGAUCGCAGUUGAAUCAUCGCGUAUAUGUUGUGAAAAACGCAUCUAUUGAUUUAAAACAUAAAGAAGUAGUUAUACCAUUUGAGGUGAUUGUCUCCUGUUAAGCUGUUUGUUUCUUCAAUUUGUUUGGGAUAACAUAUGUCUAAGCCGAUACUUAUAUAAAUUGACUCAGACGGAGCCGCAUUUCUUCAUGGAUUUUAUCGUCUCUGUAUUGAAUUUUAAAUUGAUAUAACAUUAUGUGCACAUGAAAUAAACCAUACGGAAUUUAUAUUCGUUUUGAAGUGCUUUUUAAUAAGUGUUCAAUUAACUUAUUAACAGUUGCAUUUAAUAAUGAAAGCAGAGAUAAACUAAUGGAAAAAUACAGACCUGACUCAUAUUGUGAAUGUGUAUUUUUUAUUCAAUUCAAUUAGAUGAAAUCAUAUUUGAAGAAUAGUUUGACGAAAGUUCGUUUGUCGGAUAUUUUUCCGUUAAACAGUUAUUUUGUCAUUAUCAUCUGCGAUAUUGUCCAAAGCAUAAUUUGCAAAUGCUUCUCAGAGCGAUUUGAUUCUGUGUGUUGUCAAUACAGUUUCCUGUAUUGAUACAGAACAGUUAAAACAUAAAAAUUACCGAAUUAAACAGAGGACACAUUUUGUGGAGUUCUAAAUGUAAGAACAAACUGUUGCUAUGACAUCAAAUGGCAAGAACAAGUCGGUGGAAUCCAAAAUUUGCAUACUCGGGGGACCAGGCGUCGGGAAAUCAGCUCUGGUUGUUCGGUUCCUGACCAAACGUUUUAUAUGGGAGUAUGAUCCAACACUAGAAUCUACAUACAAGCAUAACACGACGAUAGACGACGAAUCUGUUGUCAUGGAGAUCCUUGAUACUGCAGGACAGGAAUGGAGUAUACACAGAGAGGGUCACGUCCGAUGGGCGGAUGGAUUCGUUCUUGUAUAUGCAAUCAACGACAGACACAGCUUUGAAGAAGUAUCAAGUAUCAAACAGUGUCUUGAUGAAGUUAAAAAGACAAACGUACAGUGUGUACUUGUUGGGAAUAAAAUUGACUUACUUCACGAAGUAAACGUUCCAACAAGUGAGGGUGAAAGGUUAGCGUCGGACUGGGCAUGCGCAUUUUUCGAAACUUCCGCUUCCGAUGGUGGGGAAGAUAUUUCCGAAUUAUUCCAUGAACUUCAUAGGGAAAUUCGUCGCAGGAAAAUGAUAGAAUGUAAACCCAGACGACGAAGUUCUGCGCAUCAGAUGCGACAGGUUUUCACGAAAAUGUUUAAAACUCAAACAAGUAAGGUGACAAGUCCUAGCUGAAGAAUUUAACUUAACUUCUCACUAAGCUUUAUUGUGAUAACGUCAGCUAGUGACAAAAAUAUGCUGGAUUCCUAUAUACAUAAUUCAGAUUACAUCAUCAUAUGCUUUGGAUUGUGUAUAGAAUUAAUUUGAGAAUCAGUUUAAACAGUUGUCAUUUGUUACUAGAAAAUGUUUCAAGGCGUUUGUUCUCCUCUAUGAUCUUCAUUACCAACGCAGACUCUUGACAUCUGCAGGUGUUGUGCGUUUCCUUUAAAUUAAACCAGAAAUAAACGGAUUUACUUUGAAUAGCAAUUUGAAUAUGCGCUUUAUUACAUGUUUACUUUUGUACUUUGUUACUGUUUAAGAUACUUAUGUUAUCGUUGAACACAAUAAAAUAUUUCUUAAACAAUUUCUUUUAUAGCCUGAAAUAAUUUAUACCGAGAAAAUAUAAACGGUAUUACAAUCACUUUAAUCACGCGUUUGGUGUUAGGGCUGUAUAAGGUGCAUCGCCCUUUUGUAUUGUUACUAUUUAAGUUAAUCCUAGUAUAAGCUUUGAACAAUU